GAGAGCACGUGUUGAUGUCCCAUGGCAGCAUUCCAAGUACUAGCAGUCACUGGACAAGUACACGGAUACUGGCAUGGAUGAAAUCCAAUACUCGGAGUUUGAGAAUCCAAGCUUCGACGCAAAAGAGCUGGUGCAAAGGUACCGCAAGCGGAUACCGUUGCCUCACUUGCAAAAGAUCCUUCGUGGGCAUCAUGCUGCUACACGGCAGGAGCUCAUCGAAUUGAUCAAUGAGAAGUACGCAGACUUCGUCAGCCUGUCCUCCCGCAUGCAGGGGGUCGAGCGUGCACUGAAGCCCCUGCGAGCACCACUGGAGGAGUCCAGUGAGCUGACCAAGGGCUUGCACACGAAGUUGGGUGGUCUUCUGCAAAAAGCGGAGGAGGCUCAUCAGGGACUUGCUCGCAUUCAAGCACGCAAAGCUGCGCUGAACGCAUACAUUGAGAACGCACGACUGCUGCAGAAGAUUCAGUGCUCCACAGGGCAGAAGUGGAGCAAUCCGCAGGAGUCAGAUGACUUCUUUCGUGAUCGCAUCACACAGGAGUGCAUAGCUAGAGACCUGCGGCGGGUGCGCUUGAACCUAGAGGGAGCUUCAGCUGAAGGUGAUGCGCCGGAAUGCAAAGCUUUGCUGGAUGAGGCCCUGGCCUUCCAAGAGGACUUCAGCAAGCGACUGCAGGAGAAGUUGAGGCUGCUCUUGUCAGCGUCAAAGAAAGGCUGGGAGGCUUCUCAAGGUGACUCCGCGGCAGAUCGCAGAAUUCCCCGGUCCGAGUUGGUGGCAGUGGCGCACACCUGCAAAGCUUUGUGCACCAUUGGGCAUUCGGAGCCAGUGGAGCAAAUCUUCGCGGAAGUGUUUGCCAAGGCUGCUCUUGAAGAGAUCAGCGUGGCCUGCAGUGCAGCCGCAGAGGAGGCAAAGCGGAAGGCCAUGGCGGAGACGUCAGGCGCCAAGAUGGUGGCGGGCGCUGUGGACCUUGCCGUGUUCUUCCAGUCUGUGGCCAAAGCCUUCUUCACAGAGGAGUCAGCUCUUCUUGGUUUUGCACAGCGAUUGCGGAGAGGCUCAGAUGGGGAUGAAGCUUUGGCUGUACCUUCCCUGAAGUUGGUGGCCUACUCUGUGGUGCUGCCGGCCUUGCGACAGGUUCAAGAGGUAUGGCCCAAUGUCUUCAUGCCCGCAUUUCCAGACACCUUCGCGGCCAACUACGUGCAUUUCACAAAGUUCUUGCAGGCCGCUGAGGAGGUGAUGGACACCAGCGAGGCCCAGGUCUUGAGACGGGACCCCGCCCUGUGUGAUUUCCAGCGGAAAUGGAAGACACAGGUGUACUGCUCCCUCCGCACAAAGGAGGCGGCGCAACUUAUGGAUGCAGCGGCCCGGAGGCUAGCAACCUCCGAGCCUGCGCAGCACAAAGCGGCCGGCGGUUUCUGGCUUGAGGUGUCUUCUGAACUUGCGCGAACCAUCGACCUGGUUUGGAGUGCCUGGUAUUUGAGCUCUCUCUUUCCCAAGAUGGCGCGACUGUCUCUGGAGCUCCUUGCGAGGUAUGGCAAACUCCUCUCCGGCUUUGCGGAAACAAGCUCCACAGCAGGCUUGGGCUGGGAUGCUGGUGCCUCGCCGCCUGGCUGGAACACAUCCUCGCAACCAGUCAGACUGGCUCGAGCAGCAUCAGAUGUACUGCAGGUGAUGCAUAGCUUGCAAGUUGAUGGUGCUGGUGCCGGCACGAUCGCCAAGCUCUUCUUAGACAGGCUACCCGCAGAUGAGAAGCCCAAGCAGUUGACUCAAGCCCUGCUGGCGGACUCCGCUGAGGGCUUGAGGCCAACCUUGGCACUUCUCAAGGACGAGAUGCUGAAGCAAGUUGUGGCGGCCAUGGUGACCCAUUUCGCAGCCAUCCGUGGUAUCCCUGCGUUCUACCGGAUGCUCAACAAGCCGGUGCCGACCAAAGCGUCGCCAUAUGUGGAGUCAUCCUUGAGGCCUUUGACAGCAUUCCGUGAAGUUCUUGUGGGUUCGGCCAUCAGAGACACGGAGAUCAUCUCUUCCUGGCUUAAAGAGAUGGUUGAUGGCGCUUCACAGGAGUUCACCUCGCAGGCAGCACAGCUCAUCGAGCUCACGCGCCAGCAGGAGGCGUCACUUCGACGCCUCGCAGGGCGAGGCUCCGGUGGCGAAGAGCAGGUGUCUGACCUGGACAAGAUCCAUAUGCAGUUGUGCCUGGAUGUGGACACCUUCAGCCAGAUGGCAGCCGAGACAGCUGGGGGAUCUGCGGAAGGGCUUAGCAAGCUGAUCGAGGCCGUGAGCGGCAUUCGACGAGACAAGCCGCCAUGAGAGAGGCCUAGAUUGGUGGGAAACACAAAGCAAAAAGGGGCGCUCUGCACAACUCAUCGCUCCAAACCAUGUGCUGGCUUCAUCUCAGACCCUCAAGCCCUCAGACCC